AUGGAGCCGCCUCCAGUCUCAGAAGUGUCUGAAUGUACUUCCCUUCUCAAGCGUCAUCGUGCUGCUGGCCCUGAUGACCUUCCACCUGCUCUUUUCAAGGAUGGCGGUGGGUUCCCCAGUCAGUGCCCCUCUAGCCUAUUUGGGUCUACCUGGGAGAAGGAGGCCGUCCCAGACAACUGGGGUGAAUCGAUUGUGGUGCCCAUUCCCAAACAGGGUACUCGCAAUGAAUGUGAUAACCACAGAGGUGAUCAAAUGACCAUUGAAUAUCAUCCAGAUCGCCAGUCCAGUUACUUACUUUCUAAUAUCCUACAGUUCUUCCGAUUUCACCAAACGAACCACACAGAGGCGACUGUCAACGGAUAUCAAAUCAAGUAUAGACGCCUCCGCUCGUUCGCUCACUACAAUGCCCACGCUGGCACAUCCAAUUGCAGCGCCCUUUGCAUUACCAGAGGUGGGCAGCCGGAACCGGGAAAAGAGUGA